CUGAACAUCGCAAAUUAACAAAUAUAUUUAAGCUACCUAUGAAGGGAUGAUAAGUAGAAAGGGAGGCUAAGAUAACAGAGAAUAUGCCACUUCAUGGUAAUAUAUAUAUAUAUAAUGUGGACAAGUUUAUAACACCUAAUUAAAGUGCAAUAAAUAUGAUGAAAAUACUCGAAAGGCGUAAACAGCAUAAAAUUAUUAUUUCAUAAUUAAAGCGAAAUGAAAGUGCGAUUAUAGUGAAAAUUAAUUAUUCGAAAAGAACUGAAUAAAAAAUCAUGAACACACCUUGGAUGACAUCUAUGAGUAACGAUACAAGUAUUUUCAAUCCUUUCUGUCUUUCAACAAGAAAUGCUUUAAUGAAUGUUGAACAAAAAGAUGCUAAUUAUUAUUUGGAACAAAAUCUUAAAUCAAAAUAUGCUUACAGUUUUCAAGGAUUUAAUGAUCCGAAUAAAAAUUUAACAGAUUUCAAUACUUCCUGUAAUUCUAUAUUCAUUAAUGAUUCAUUUGAACAAUCGAAUCCAAUUCCAUCAGUGGUGAAAAAUGUAAUGGAUACAUCUAAAGAGGACUUAUUUACUCUUGCUAAUUAUACUGAUAGAUUAAAAUAUGGUGCCAGUAGAUGGGAAAUUGAUAGUAAUUCUAAAUCAGUUGAUAAUCACAGUAGAAACAAUGAUACACUCUCACAUGUAUCAGAUAAAAUUGAGCAUUACAGAAGAAAGUCAAGAAAACCGUAUUCAAGGCAACAACUUAUGGUUUUAGAAAAAGAAUAUUCACUAAUGCCAUAUGUUACUCGUCAAAGAAGAUGGGAAAUUUCUAAUAAAUUACAACUGACCGAAAGACAAGUAAAAGUUUGGUUUCAAAAUCGUAGAAUGAAGACAAAGAAGUUAAAAACUCGUUCAUAUCCAAGCAAUUGUAUUGUACAACACAAUGUGAAUAAAACCACCUUGAAUGCAGAGCAAUACUCAGCACUAUCUGAUAAACAAAAAUUUCUUCAACUAACGAAUCACUGGAAUCAGAAUAUUUCUUCAAAUUCUGUUAUCUCUUCCAUACUCAAUUAUAAUAUACACGAUGAUGCUAAAAAUCAUUCAUAAACUUUAUAGUUUAUAAAUUUCAUACGAUUGUGAUAAUACUGAUGAUAAAGUUAAACAAUGUAUAACUAUUUCCUGAUGAUUUUGAUGUUCACUGGUGAAAUGUUGAACAAAUAGUUAUAGCAUUUU